AUGGCCGUGGCGCUGACCGGACUCGUCGUGCUUCUCAUCUACCUUGCGGCCUCCCACGCCCACGAGAACGUGUUUUCAUAUUCCCAGGCAGAGCCUGUGCACCAGAUUGGCGGGAACACCACCAUAUCCUUUCCCUUCGCCAGGGAUGCCUGGUCCAACUCCGCUUUCCCUUGUCCAGAGUACCACUUUGCCUGUAAUUCGUCUGGGAAGUGUCUUGACAUGGAUCGCAGGUGCGACGGAUUCGUCGAUUGCCCGAAAGCAGAGGAUGAACUGAACUGUGUUUGUGCCUUCAGGAUCCCACCGGGGAAGUUUUGCGACAAGUAUCCCGACUGUUUCGACCAGAGUGACGAGAAUUUUUGUUCCUACUGUCCAGAAGGAUCAUUCAACUGCGAAAAUGGUAAAUGCAUACCAAGGGACAAGGUUUGCGAUUCUGUUGUUGAUUGCGACAACUUCAUGGAUGAAAAUUUUUGUUUCAGGUUAUCUUCAGAUUUCCGAAUAGCUGAUGCAGACCCCAAGGACCCUGAAGCUUUGCCUAACACCUCAAGAUUCUUUAAAUCUGGUUUUCUGUUGCGAAACAAGAAAGGAGUAUGGUACCCGGUCUGCGCAAAUCCACACGAUAAUAUGAAAGAUUCAUUAGCUUCUUUUGCUUGUGUCAGCAUCACAGCAAAUCCGUUGGCUGAAAGUACCUCUCAGUAUCGGAAGUUCAAGCCUAAACAAGGUUUCCAUCCAAGCAGCUAUAUCUAUCAUUAUCGAGGACGAUUUGUCCAGUGGAACGGCUGUAUCACAGACAGUGGCCUAUUUGUUUCCUGCAAUGAUGUACGAUGUGGUUUCAAUCCAAAGCAACUCAUUCCUAGCCGUCCUAAAGGAAGAAUAGUCGGAGGUGAAACGUCAGAACCUGGUGCUUGGCCAUGGCACGCUGCCAUCUAUAGAAACGGAACUUAUUCUUGCGGUGCCACUUUAAUCAGCUACAACUGGCUGCUUUCAGCUGCACACUGCUUCCUAAAUCAUAAGAUCGGUUUCUUCGAAAUACAACUCGGAAUGCUGAGGCGACGUUCGUUUACACCCCAUCAGAAGACGUAUCGAAUCGAUAGGAUCGUGCCCCAUGAAAAAUUCAACAUCAUUACCCUAGACUAUGACAUCGUCAUGAUGAGGACGUCCGAACCAGUCAUUUUCGAUUUCUGGGUCAGACCCAUAUGCCUUCCCGAUCCCAGAGUGUUUGACAUUGCCGGCUCUUUCUGCACAGCCAUUGGAUGGGGGGACACAGGUGAAACGGAGGAUGAUUCAGAUUCUCUCCUGGAAGUAAAUGUUCCUAUCACCAAUACUUGCAAAAAAAGCAUGGAUCGCUGGAUAUGUGCUGGAUUCGUCGAAGGAGGACGAGACGCUUGUCAAGGCGAUAGUGGUGGCCCUUUGAUGUGUCUACAGAAGGAUGGAAUUUCGUGGUACAUUGCUGGAGUUAUCAGUGCUGGUGCUGGAUGUGCAAGACCCGAUACUCCUGGCAUGUACACUAAAGUAUCUUAUUUCUUGGAUUGGAUUAAAGACGUCAUGGUGGGACGUAUUCAAGCUGAUCGUCCUCUUACAACCUGCCCAGGAUGGAAAUGCGACGCUGUAGGUGGAGGACAUUGUUUGAGAGCAGAAAAAGUUUGUGAUGGCCACGUGGACUGUUACGAUGCCCAGGAUGAGGCCAAUUGCUUAUAA